UUUUCCGGCAAAAAAGCAAGGUGCAAAACAAUGAAUCCAAGCUCUAUAGAGCUUAGCUUGAGUCUUAAGCCAUCAUAUGUCCCUAAAUCCAGAAGCAGCUUGCUCUUAGAUUUAUCCAAAAUCGAUAAUCAGUAUUAUAAGUUAUCAGUGUUGAGUGAUUAUAUUUGCAAGCUUGAAGAAGAGUUAGCUAGGGUUCAGCCUUUCAAACAUCUUCUUCCUCUAUGCACCCUACUUCUAAUGGAGGAAACUGAAACAUUAAAGGAUAAGCUUCUAAACAUAAACAAUGAGAAAGAACAAAGGGAAAUCCAGGAAGAAUGUGAUGCAAAUCUCCAGUCAUGCAAAGAGAAAGGAAACAACAUGGAAAGAUUAAUGUUGGGAUACAAGAAGAAUAGUACAUGGAAUAGUGUUGGAGAAUCAAGCAGUGAUGGAAAAGGAAAGGAGGUGGCAGCCAUUGAUCAAUAUUCAUGGAGAAAUGAUAACCAAGGUUUCAUGUAUCUUAAUAAUUAUGAUCAUCAUCAUCACCCAAAACCAUUGACACAACCCAUUUGGAAGAACAAUAGGAGAUGUUGGUCUUCUGAGCUUCAUUCAAGAUUUGUGGAGGCUUUGAAUAUGCUUGGAGGCAUUGAAGUGGCUACUCCUAAGCAAAUCAGAAAUUUGAUGCAGGUUGAGGGGCUGACAAUUGAGCAAGUAAAAAGUCAUUUGCAGAAAUACAGACUUCAUUAUGGUAAGGUUCGAUUGGUAUAGGAAGCAAACAAGGAGGGCUAUGUUGCAAUGCUGAUAUUCAGGACCUUUCCUUUCCUGUUAUGGGCUCUUGGAAAUUUUACAUAGCUACACAAAUUUAGUUUUUUAAUAUUUACCCUUUGAUCUUAAUUAUUAUUAUUAUUAUUUAUCAUUUUUGUGCUUAAUUUUUAAAAUUUAGCGAAAUUGUUUUCUAUGAAAACAAAAUUGUUUGAAUAGUUAAAA